AGAUGGCGAAUCAGUUAUCAGACGAACAAGUCGCGGAAUUAAGAGAAGUUUUCAAAACGAUUGAUGAAGGUGGAGAUGGAUUUAUUGAAAUGGAUGAAUUGGGCACCGCCCUGAAAGUAUGUGGUGUAGAUUUACCAGGCUAUGCUGUCCGUGACCUAGUUAAACAGUAUGAUAAUAAUAAAGAUAGAAAGUUAAGUCUUCCUGAAUUUACCAAUUUAUACAUUGCUGAGAAAGGGAAAUUAGAUAUAGGGUCAAAAUUUAAAACAAUGGUACAAACUAAGAAAGGAAUACAGACGCAUGGAGGUACAUCACAAGCUUCAUCAGAAGGUACAACACAUUCUGUUAAAGAUGCUGAAGCUACUGCUUUUGCAAACUGGAUCAAUAGGAAUUUAGAGAAUGAUCCAGAUUGUAAGAAAUAUUUAACAAUAGAUUCAGCCAAGGCUCUGUAUACUGCCUGUUUUGAUGGUAUUCUCUUGUGUAAACUUAUCAACCAUUCAGUACCAGAUACUAUCUCUGAAGAUGCUAUCAAUAAAACAAAACUCAGUGUUUACAGACGCUCUGAAAAUAUCACCCUUGCUUUAAAUUCAGCUGCUUCUAUUGGCUGUAAUAUUGUCAAUAUUGAUGCCGUGGACAUUCAGGAAGGAAAACCACAUUUAAUCUUGGGUGUUUUAUGGCAAAUUAUCAGAAUUGGUUUAUUGAGUGACAUUGAUUUAGCUCACCAUCCUAAUUUAGUGGCAUUAUUAAGAGAAGGGGAGGAAAUCGGUGACUUACAGAGAAUGUCUCCAGAACAAAUUUUAUUACGAUGGGUCAAUUAUCAUUUAGAACGAUCAGGAUGUCCAAGUCGAGUCAACAAUUUCUCAGAAGAUAUUCGGGAUUCUGAAUGUUAUACAUAUUUAUUAAAAUCUAUUGCACCAGGUGAUAGCAAUGUUAAUAUGAGAGCUUUAGAGAUUGCUGAAUUAAGAGACAGAGCAGAAUGUAUGUUGGGAGAAUCUGAUAAAAUUGGUUGUCGAAGUUUUGUUGGUCCUAAAGAUGUUGUUGAGGGUAACUCUAAGUUAAACUUGGCUUUCGUUGCUAAUUUAUUUAAUAACUACCCAGCCCUGGAUAAGGUUGAGAACCAAGAAGAUUUUGAAGUUAUUGAAGAAACACGAGAAGAAAAAACAUAUAGAAAUUGGAUGAACAGUAUGGGAGUAAAUCCCUAUGUACAUCAUCUAUACACAGAUUUACAAGAUUGUUUAGUUAUAUUUAAAAUAUUAGAUAUUAUACAACCUGGUGUGGUUGACUGGAAUAAAGUUGUACAGAAAUUCAGUAAAAUGAAAGUCAACUUUCAAAAAUUGGAAAAUUGUAAUUAUGCAGUAAAAUUGGGCUUACAACAGAAAUUUUCAUUGGUUGGUAUUGGUGGACAAGAUAUGUUUGACGGAAAUCCAACUUUAACACUUGCAUAUGUUUGGCAGUUAAUGAAGGCCUAUACCUUGACUAUAUUAAGUAAGUUAAGAAAUAGCGAAGAGAAUGGUGUAGCAAAUGGUAAUGAUAGUGUUAAGCAUAUUAUAGCUGAUCAAGAAAUUAUUGAAUGGGCUAAUAAGAAGAUGAAUGGAAGAGCUACGUUUAGUGGAUUUAAAGACCCCUCAUUAAAUGAUGGUGUCACAAUAUUAACAUUAAUAGAUUGUAUUAGACCUUCAACAGUCAACUGGGAUGUUGUUCAUAAAACAGGUUUAACUGAAGAGACAAGAAUGAUGAAUGCUAAAUAUGCUGUAUCUAUGGCUAGAAAGAUAGGAGCUAGAGUUUACGCCUUACCAGAAGAUAUAGUAGAAGUUAAACCCAAAAUGAUAAUGACAAUAUUUGCUUGUUUGAUGUCUCAGGAUCCCGAAUUCAAAGGUCGAGGUCUGACCAAAGGAUUGGAAGCUUAAAUGGAUAAAAAGUAGAUCUGUGCCGAAGAACGAAAGGAUGAUAUAUCUAAAACUUUAUUGUGGGCAUUAUUUCAUUUGUAGUUACAUGCUAUUUUUGUUAAAUGAGUCAAAAUUUUUCAUGAACUAAUGAUUUUUAAACAUUCCAAAUUUAUUUUUUGCAAACAAAUUAGACAUAGCUAAAACAUGACAUUGGACUACUAAUUUUGACAAAAAAAAACAAAUGAUGUAAUGCCUCUAUAUAAAGUUUUAGAAGAGAAUUGUAUAUAUUAUGUUUUUAUACUGUUAUAAUUUUAUAUAGUAACCAAAAACAUACCAUUAACUCUUUAGUAUUGAAAAUAAUUUCACAAGUUAGUAUUUUUCUUUUUCAUUAUUUAAUUUACAAUAAAAAUUGAUUAUUUGAUUAAAUAAUAAUGUGAGGCAAUAUAAUAAUAUAUAUUAUUUAGCAAAUAGUGAAACUGAGGUUAUUUAAUAGCAACUUUUGCUUUUAUCUGAGCUUUUUGGUUUUAAACACGCUGUAGGAAUUACCAACUAACCCACCAAUAUCUCUUUUCAUUUUUCCUUAGAAAGAACUUUGAUAAAAAUUAAUAAUGUCAAGAACAAAACAAUUUUACUUUGUCCUUAUAGGAAACACCAAAGUAUUAUUUAGAUUUUAGAAAAAUGAAAAAAAAAAACAACAAAAAUAUCAAUUAUCAGUUCUAAAUCAUGUAUAACCAUUCAAAUUCCUUCAAUAUGUUGCUGUGCAAUUAAUGUGAAUUUGGAGAAAUUGUUUAGUAUUUAAUACCUACCCAUGCGUAGUGAAAAAAAGUGUUCUUGGAAAACGGCCUUAAAAUUGAAAUUUUAAGUGUUGAAUUAGUUAAGAGUUAUUGUUACUUAGAAGCCUUAAAACUAUUUUAUUCUGUAUCCAUUGCCUUAUCUUGUUACUAACUAUUUAGAGACAGUUGUCAUAGCAUUGGUAGAGGUCACAUACAUAAUCAAACUGCAUCAUUGAAAGGCCAUUUAGUUUUAUAGACUUGAAAUUGGUGUAUUUUGGUUGUGCUACUGUAAGUUAUGGGCUACAAUUUAUGAAACUAAUAAACCAAAAAUAGAUGUGUUUUGGUUAAAAAUGUUUGUUCUUUUGUCCUGUUUCUGAUUUUUAUUAAGUUUAUUUUAACAGAUUAAGUUGUACUUGAAAAUGUUAGCUUUAGCAUAAUUUCAUUUAUGUAAUAUAAGAAGUAAGAUCUUGAAGAUCCUGAGUUCAAAAUUUCAAAACUUAACUGACCAAAAACUAAAUUUUACCAACUUUAUGUGGAUAUUCUUGGUAAUUUUUUUUUUAUAUAAAUUUUGAGACUAGAUAAUUAUACUUGCAUAUCUUAUUUCCUACUUUCCAUACAAAUCUUUGUAUCAAACCAUAUCGCAAUAAACUAUGUAUAUGUAUGAGAGACAGUAUAUUUUGAUAAUUCACUAUUUUCUUUGACCUGGGUAGAGAUCUUUAGAAUGUGAUAUACAUAAUAUACUUAACUAUAUACUGGCUUAAAUAUGACCAUUAUAGACAUCUAAAUAGAAAUUAAGAAUCAAGCUUAGACGGGAUAUUAUGUGCAAACCAGACAAAUUUCGCUGAUACACAAGAGCAAUAAUUCUGCAGAAAUUGACUUAUUAAGCUCAUCAGUAGAUAUUUAAGUAUAUUUUGUUAUGGUAAAAGAGACCACAAUAUGUAUAUAUUGAAAUAUCAUUCUAAUCAUUUAUUUUAAGAAAUUAUAAUUUUGUUACUAUUGGAGUUAUUUUCUUACCGAAUGUAGAGGAACAAAAUGUUAUGUUUUAUCUUUAAGAAUAUUUAUUUGUUAAUGUAUAAUAAUCAUUUUAGAUUGAUAUCAUUAUUUUUGUAGACUGCUGUAUAAUUUUAGUUCAUUAUGAAUAAGAGUAUAUCACUUGUUUAAUUGAAAUGCUAUCACUACCUUGGUUCAAUUACAGCUUUAGUUGAUAAAGACAUGGGGACCAAAAUAUAUCUAUUUCUAAAUAAAAAUAUUAAAACCAAUUAAAUUUU